GGUGGAUCGCAGUUGGCCAAAUACUGGUUUGCUUUGCGAGCUUUGCAUGCACGACGAAAAAACUUCCCAUUCAAAGCGUCAACUACGAUAUUUAUCAGACGUUCAUGUCCGGCUCGCUCUGGUGCUCCACCUGGGGGUUACUUGUUCAGGUUAUUUACACCAAUAUAAUUUACACCGAUGUGGGGCUGUUUCAGAAGAUCGACAAUAGCACCGGUAAACCCGUGAUAACAUGUGACGAUAUCGUGCUCUACACUGCUCUCUUUCGCUUCACACAAAUCAAUCUCAUAUGCUCUUUGACGUUGUUCAUGAGCGCUUUCGGUGCGUUAUUUCUGGGGUGGAGUAUCUUUACCCGUGUUAUGGUGGAUGCCUCGAGCGCCACGGUGUUGGAUGCUGUUUUGAUGAAGGACGUAAAGAGUCUCCUCCUGUUGAUAGUUGGGUUGACUGUGAACGGUGCCCUAAUUUACUGCGCAGUGCGAGCAGUCUCAGAACUCUAAU